AUGGCGGCUUUUAAAAGACUCGUUCGAUUUACCACUGGCGCGCAGACUCAUUAUGGAGACCUUGUCAGCGCUGCUGAGAACAAGUAUACCAUUCGCAGACUGGAAGGCAGUCCUUUUACCAGCCUAAAGGCUACCGAGGAAAUUGUUAAUGUUGAAAAGCUCGAAUGCCCCAUUGAGAGCACCCCAAUUGUUGUAUGCAUCGGACUGAACUAUAGACAGCAUGCGCAGGAAGCUAGUCUUCCUGUUCCGAAAUACCCUCCCGUCUUCACCAAGCCCGCCGACGCGCUUGCUGGGCCCUUCGACGCAAUUGACAUCCACCCCGAUGCGCGCGAACUCCUCGAUUACGAGGGCGAAUUAACCGUGGUCAUCGGCAAGGACGCAAAGAACGUCUCCGAAAAAGAUGCACUAGACUACGUGUUAGGGUAUACCGCCGGCAACGAUGUGUCUGCUCGCAACUUCCAGUUACCCGAAGCCUCUGGUGGUCAAUUCUGUUACGCCAAGUCAUUUGAUAACUUUGCGCCUAUCGGCCAUACCAUCGUGGCAGCACAAGAAAUCCCAGAGCCUCAGGCGCUAAAGUUGAGCACCAAGGUCAACGGGGUUAUCAAGCAGGAGACGAGCACGGGCGAUAUGAUUUGGGGUGUUCGCCAGAUCAUUAGCCACCUCUCGCGAGGCACGACGCUGCGGAAGGGCACGGUCAUUAUGACUGGUACCCCGUCCGGUGUGGGAUACUUCCGGAAGGAGUUCCUCCAGGGUGGCGAUGUUGUCGAAGUGGAGAUUGAGGGGGUGGCUGUGACUAGAAACCGCAUGAACCAUUAUUGA